AACCGUUCCCGUUUCUGUGGCAGACAGUACUCCCCAGUUUCCAUCCUUUCGUCAGCCCCUUCCCAGCCAGCCACAGGCAAAUAGCCUCCCCAGCAGUGGAUGAAACAGGAAGUCUGACAGCUUGAGUCUGCAGUGGGACCCCUAGUGUUUUCCCACUCCAUGUCCUGGCAGCGUUCCCCAGAAGUACAAACACACACACACAGAGCUCCCAUUGUUGCAGCCUUCCCCAGCCCACUGAUCCUAAUAUGGAAUGCAGCAGGAAACCCAUGAUUUCCUGACACUCGCAAGCUGGAGGAAGCAAGGGGAAAACUCCAUUAAAAAGCCCAGCUUUCCUCCAUGUUAGAUGUGAAGUGGAAAAUGGGGAAGAUUCAGCAAAAUUCCAUCGUGUCUUCAGCCAGGCUGGAGAGGGGGAGAGCGGAGUGAAACCUUCAGGCUGCUGAAGUUUCCAGACUGCCAGGAAGCCCCUAGAAUUCGGUGAAAAUGAGGGUUUCUUAACUCAAACUGAUAGGGAAGAGGGACAGACCCUUUUAAUAAUCCUCCCAAGUGUGUGUUACCUUUCUUUACCAGUAUGGUAAGCAAGAGGGUGUACGCCAGCUGCCUCGGACAAGUCAGUAUGAUCCCAGGUACCCAAAGUAAGGCAAAGUGAUCUCAAGCCUGCCACUGGCUUCCCACCGCUUCAUGGGCUUUGGGAGAAGCAGGAGAAGCAACAGCAUCAGCACAGUCACAGCAGCUGGAGCCGCAAGAAUGAACUGCAAGGAGGGAAAUGACAGCAGCUGCAGCUGCGGUGACAGCAAGGAGAAGAAGAUGUUGAAGUGUGUGGUGGUGGGGGACGGUGCUGUGGGGAAAACCUGCCUGCUGAUGAGCUACGCCAAUGAUGCCUUCCCAGAGGAAUACGUGCCCACUGUGUUUGACCAUUAUGCAGUUACCGUGACAGUGGGAGGCAAGCAACACUUGCUCGGACUGUAUGACACCGCAGGACAGGAGGACUACAACCAGCUGAGGCCUCUCUCCUACCCCAACACUGAUGUGUUUUUGAUCUGCUUCUCUGUCGUAAAUCCUGCCUCUUACCACAAUGUCCAGGAGGAAUGGGUCCCGGAGCUGAAGGACUGCAUGCCUCAUGUGCCUUACAUCCUCAUAGGCACCCAGAUUGAUCUCCGCGAUGACCCCAAAACCUUGGCCCGUUUGCUGUAUAUGAAAGAGAAACCGCUCACUUACGAGCAUGGCGUGAAGCUUGCAAAAGCGAUCGGCGCACAGUGCUACUUGGAAUGCUCUGCCCUGACUCAGAAAGGUCUCAAAGCUGUGUUUGAUGAAGCAAUCCUCACCAUUUUUCACCCCAAGAAAAAGAAGAAACGCUGCUCCGAGUGUCACAGCUGCUGUUCAAUUAUCUGAGGUGGCUUGAGACCUAUCUCCACCCCAUCUAAGGGUGGGAAUGUCAGCCAGCCUCUGUGACCUAGCUCAAGCCAAUACGGAGGGCAUGACCAGAGGGGAGGCCCCUUCACACAGAGGCUUCUUCUCUACCCUGUGAGCCCCCAAAGCACAGCACAUUAGCCAGCCAACCGCCACAUCCUCCCUUCCAGUCAGAAGCAUCCACGUUGUACACUCUAUGAGAAUGCUGAGCCCGGGUUUCAGCCAGUGUCGCUGUUGACCACGCUGGAAACAAAGUCGAAGGCCAUCUUGCAUCUCCCCCUCCCGUGAACAUGAAGCUGAUAGGAAAUCAUCACAGGAAAAUUGAAAGAGGCACUCGGUUCUUGUGCUGGUGGCCUUACUUGAUGUCCUUUAUGAAACAUGGGAAUACAAUACUAACCUCUUUUUCUGAAUCUGCUAUUCUACCUAUAUGUCUUACAUUCAUUCUUAUUGUUUUAAGAAAUUACCAGUUUACUCAGGCCUUACAAAUCUAUACCAAAUUAGCCUCAAGACAAAGUAUUUUAUAUUCAUUUCUAUUUCAACAUGUUUCUACCAAAGCUAUUAGAAACAGCAUGUACCUCUGAAUACCUGACUACAAGAAGAUGCAAGAAAAUGUUAAAACUUUUGGAAAUUUCAGAACCAUGAUUUUGGAAACUGGUUGAAAGAAAACACCAUCUAAAUUGGUACAGGUCCACAUUUUUGCCAAAGAUUCACCCUGGAAAUGCUUACAUUGAUAGGCAGCUUUAUUUUUUCCAUAUUAUAUUAUCAUGACAAAUUACAAAUGAACUGUGUUUAAGAAAAUACUAUCUCUGCUUUUCAAUCAAAUUGAUUGGGGAGAGAAUAUGGCAGACCUAUCUUUUAAAAUAUUUUUUAUUCAGCAAAGUGAACUUUCCUGCUCCUUCCUUCCCUUCCCUAUUGCAUGUUCUUUUCUUAACUUGAUUUCACAUUUUCUCCCAUGCUGAGUAAUAACCUAAUCUAAAAGAAGGGUCUGGCCAUGGGGCAUGAAAAAGUAAGUGUUCGAAAGUCCCCAAAAGUUAAGCAAAGUGCCUCAGUUUUUCCUCUUGCUUCAACUGAAAGUACAGUUAUCCCACCUUAUCUGUGGUUUCAGUUACCCACAGUCAACUACAGUCUGAAAAUAUUAAAUGGAAAAUUGCUGAAACAAACAAUUUAUAAACUUUAAAUUUUGCGCCCUUCUGCGUAUCACGAUGAGAUCUUACACCAUCCCUCUCCGUCCCACCUAGGACAUGAAUCAUUCCUUUGUCCAGUGUCUCCAAGAAGUAUACACCACCUGCCCCUCUCAGUAGCCAUCUCAAUUAUCAGAUUGACUGUCACAGUAUCACAGUGCUUGUGUUCAAGUCACCCUUAUUUUACUUAACAGUGGCUCCAGAGUGCAAAAGUAGUGAUGCUGGCAAUUCAGAUAUGCCAAAGAGAAGCUGUAGCGUGCUUCCUUUAAGUGAAAGAUAUGUGUAUAUAGGAAAAACCUAGUAUAUAUAGGAUUUGGUGCUAUCUGUGGUUUCAGGCAUCUACUGGGGGGCUUGGAACUCUCACCCACAGAUAAGGGGGACUAUACUGUACUUCUCAGCUUGCCCUAUGUAAGCUCCCAUUCUAUUUAAAUGACAUUGUCCAAGUACGACUGGUACUAAAAUGUUGCCUCUCCCUAUUUCCCAUACUCAUUGUCCCAAAUGUGUAUUUAGGGGCCAGAUCUGUGAGUCCCAAGCUCUAGAUCUAUUUAUCCUCUGCUUUCCAAAAUUAUGCACUCCAUAGUUAGCAGGGACUUUGGCCUUGGGGAAGUUAAAGCCCCAGUAAGUUUUUAUGUCCUUUUCAUAUGACUCUUCCAAAUAUCGAGGGAUUCUUUUAUCACAGAGUGAGUUACUUCCUAGCUUUUAAUUAGAGACCAUGGAGGCUUCUAAUUAGUCUUAUUGCUUACAAUUACCCUAGAAACACCCAGGUAGGCACUUUAUUCUUUAUUUCAACUACAUAAGCAAAGUGCCUCUCUGCAGCAUGAAAUUACACCAUUUUAGUUUAAGAAUUUCCAGAUUCACACUCCUUCUGUUGGAAAAAUCCAGUCUUUCUAGUCCCUUCUGCUCAUGGAGGAAGCAUACAGAAACAGAAGCAUAUGGCAUGGGUCUUUUCUGUUGAAGCCUUCUGUGACACCCCCUCAGUAUUUUGGGUUUUGUUUGUUUGGAGCUUUUUUAGAAUUUCUAAAAUGUGUUUUCCCUUCUUCCUCAUUUCAAAUUCUAUUUCCCUUCUCCCCCAUUUAGUUACUAAACAUUCUCCUAAAUACACACACACACACACACACACACACACACACACACACAAUACACCCCAACCUUAAAAAAAAAAAACGAGAGUUUUGUAAGUCAGAGCUUGACAAGAAAACAAGGACUCUCUGCCUUUGUAAAUGGAAAUCAACCAUGUAUAAACUAUAACUCUGCAGAGGUUAUGAAAGCAUCCUUUACAAACAAUAAUGAGCAUUUAGCCCUGUAAUAAAUGAAGUGCUGUUAGCCAGUUUCAUUACAUUAUUGCAUAGUUACAUCUCGCUAAUGGGCCACUCCUCAAUUUUCAUUGAUGUGGAUGAAAAAUUUAAAGAUAUAUGUUUGCUCGGCCAAGAAGAAUUUUCCAGAUGUGUACACUCAGUAGGCAAAUGGUUUCCCAGGCCAUCGCCUCCCUAAUGGGUCACAGGGAUUAACUUGUUCACAGUGGGAAGAUCACUCUCUCUCGCAUGGAACCAGAACCUAGAGAGAGGCUGUUAAUGUGGAGCACAGGCUUCUAGAGGUCUUAUGAGCUGAUCAUUGAAUAAAAUAAUGAAGAACAAAGCAA